GGUCGACUGGUUUGAAGAAAUCCUCUCUGUGGCGCGCACAGGAGGGUCUGAGGACGUGGAGCUAUUACGUCAUGUUCUCAACACAUUGAGGGAGUACCCACUCUCUAUGAAAGACAAGAUUAUACUGUCAUAGUGAGUUUUU